AUGGCAGAAAAGGACGCCGUGUCUGUCGAACCUCCUGCAAAUAAUAACCACGGAGAGCAACAUGAAGUGCAGCUGGAGAAACGAAAAUGGUACCGCACGACUCUCUUCAACGCCUUUGUCAUCGGCGGCGCUGGCUUCCUGGCCCCGGGACUGUGGAAUGCCAUGAAUUCGCUGGGAGCGGCGGGCGCAGAGCAGCCGUUUCUGAUCAAUGCAGCGAAUGCGUUGGUGUUUGCGUUGAUGGGCUUCCUCUGUCUGUUUGGCGGACCGAUUGCCAAUCGUAUUGGCUUGAGAUGGACGCUGGUGCUCAGCACGCUGGGAUAUCCGAUCUAUUCGCUGACUGCUUCUGCUAUAAGUGCCGGAUUGUACACGAAUAACCGCUUCGGCAAUGUCUGGUUUGUUCUGCUCGGCUCUGUCGCCUGUGGUAUUUCGUACGUUCUCUCUUUUUUAUCCCAGAGCAGUAUCUGGCUCUGGUUCCGUACUGGCGGCCCGCUUGUCGGAGGCGCCAUCCUUCUUGCUCUGAAUCAUUCCCCCGCAGCUAAGAAGAAAGGCUCUGUGGGAUGGCACGUGCUGAUCAGUGCUGAUGCAGAGACGUACCUCGUCUUCGUCUUCCUGCAGGUUCUGGCUGCUCCACUAGCUUUCGCUCUGACGUCUCCCGAGAAGGUACAACGCUCCGACGGCAGCAAGGUCAUAGUCAAAGCCGAAAAAUCGCUGCUCGCAGAGAUGCGUGCACUGUGGCAAGCUUCUACGAAGAAAGAGAUUGCUCUGUUGUUGCCGGUCUUCUGGGCUUCAUAUUUCAACCAGUAUAGCGGGAAUUUCGAGACAUACUACUUUGGCUUGCGCGCGCGUGCCUUGAUUGGUUUCGUCACGAACUUCGCGACUCUGCUCUCCUCCUGGCUCAUUAGUCUGUUUCUGGACUACCAAAGAUUGACGGUCAAGAAGAGGCUUGUUUACAGUUUCUUCUACGUGGUCUUCCUUCACCUGGUGGCGUGGAUAUACGGUUGGGUUAUCCAGGAAAAAUACACUGCCAACCCACCGGUGCUUGACUGGUCGGACAAGGGCUUUACAGAAGGCUUCUUCGUGCUGUUGCUGUGGGAAUUCUCGCGCCAGUCUCUGCAGAACUGGAUUUACUAUCUAGUUUCUACUUUGACGGACAAUAUCUCAGAAUUAUCACGAUUCACUGGCAUCCUACGUGGACAGGAGAGCUUUGCCCAGGCAGUGUCUUUUGGCCUCAACACUCGUAACUGGUACGGUGGGCGUGUGCCUCUGGCUGUGAACACUAUUCUGUUAGGUCUCGCCGUCUACCCUACCUGGCUGGUAGUCAAAGAUCUCAAGCCCGAUGCAACCCGUAUUGAUCCUGCAGCAGUAUAUUCGCAGGAGAAUGACGAGCUGAAUCUUGCUGAGAAGGCCGUCAUUACGGACGCGAAGGGUGUUGCAAAGUGA